GGAGUUACCUUUCAAUUCAUCAAAGCAUUCAAUAUCCACAUAAGCAAUUUCUCAUAUCUCUCUCUUAUUAUUUCUUAGUAACACUGUUGACUGUUUCUAUAAUUAGAAACUUCAAGCUCAGAUCUCACAAAAUCUUACUUACUCAUAAUGAAGCAAGUGGUGUUGAAAUUGGAUUUUCAUGAUGAGAGAACCAGGAAGAAGAUUAUGAAGACAGUUUCUUCCAAUUCAGGGGUUGAUUCAAUUUCCAUGGAUUCCAAGGACAUGAAACUGACAGUAACAGGGGACAUAGAUCCAGUAAGUUUGGUAAGCAAGUUGAGGAAGCUUUGUAAUGCUGAUAUCCUCUCAGUAGGACCACCCAAAGCACCAGAGAAGAAGAAAGAAGAACCAAAGAAAGCAGAGCCUAGAAAAGAAGACCCAAAGAAAGAUAAAGAUGAUUUGGCUGAGCUUCUAAAGAUAUACAGGGCUCAUAAUCCUCAAAUGGUUCCAGUUCCACAAUAUUUUGUCAGAAGUGUUGAGGAAGAUCCCAAUGCUUGUGUUAUCUGCUAAGCUUUUAAGGAUAUAUAUUUAUUUUUUGAAAAAAGAAAGGCAUUUUGAUUUUUGCUAGUUGUUGUAAUCUUCCAACCGAGAACCUUUAUAAUUUAUUUCCUCCAUUCGACGUUCUGUUA